CUUCAGAGCGGGCGCUCCGAGGCUAGAGGGAAGGAGAAGGGAUCAGGAGCGGGAGCUGAGGGAAAAGAGGUCGGUCCGGGUCUGGACGCUGUCGCUGCUCGCCCGAGGUCUGCAGGCCGGGCUGCGGCUCAGUCCUCGGCUCCUGGGCACAGUCUACGGAGGCUCCGCCGGGCCAGCGUGGGAGAGCCGCAGGCGGCGGCCGCCGCAUCAUGUCAACCAAGGACGAGCGGGCCAGGGAGAUCCUGAGGGGCUUCAAACUAAAUUGGAUGAACCUUCGGGAUGCUGAGACAGGGAAGAUACUCUGGCAAGGAACAGAAGACCUGUCAGUCCCUGGAGUGGAGCAUGAAGCCCGUGUUCCCAAGAAAAUCCUCAAGUGCAAGGCAGUGUCUCGAGAACUGAACUUCUCUUCAGCAGAGCAAAUGGAAAAAUUCCGCCUGGAACAAAAAGUUUACUUCAAAGGGCAGUGCCUAGAAGAAUGGUUCUUCGAGUUUGGCUUUGUGAUCCCUAACUCCACAAACACCUGGCAGUCCCUGAUAGAGGCAGCGCCCGAGUCCCAGAUGAUGCCAGCCAGCGUGCUAACUGGAAAUGUUAUCAUAGAGACAAAGUUUUUUGACGACGAUCUUCUUGUAAGCACAUCCAGAGUGAGACUUUUCUACGUUUGAGAGAAGAAUAUGUGUGCAUUUCAAGAAUUCAUUUUUUUAGGGGGAAGGAGGAAACUGUUUACUUUUUUCCUCUAUACAUUUGAUUUUUGACACUUCCACCCCUAAUUCCCUCUACGGCAAAACCCACCUGUGGCCACCAGGGGACCAGCUCUGUGUAGGUAACCAGAUGGCUUUUUUCUCUCAAGCCACCAUCUUCAACUGACCAGAUUAAACUCCCAAUCCCGGACCAGGGCAGAGGGCAUGCCUCAACUCCUUCUUGGAGUAGACACGGGGACAAACACAUACCACAAGCUGUUCCCGUCACCCUGCCUCCUUCUUGGGCCCUGCAGGCAACACAUCUUCCUUUGGCCCCUGGUUUUGGAAAAGUUCAAGUUCCUGACCCACGUUUAGUUUUUUCCUACCAUUUCUAUUUCAUACAUUCUCAUACAUUUAACUUGUAAAAUAGACUGUGAUAUUAUUGUUACAUAGUGAAUUAAAACAUAUGAAUUAAAAUAUUCCUAUGUCUUUAGCAUGG